AUGUACUCCUCCGCCCAAAACACCGAUUCCGUCUUCCUCCCCUUCGUCCAUCCCUUCGGAACAAAGGGCAUACCUUUGCUCAGAGCAACAGUGGGUGGUAUGGACCUGGAUCUUCCAGUGGACACAGGCUCUACCGGUCUUUUGAUCGGUGCUCCUCUUCUCCCAGAGAUCGGCCCUGACGAAGGCACUCCCGUCCAUCACUACUUCACCAGUAGCAACAUUCUGUACAGAGCACGCUUGGUGGAAUUGUCCGUUACCUUCCACGGCCCCGGAGGGUCCAAUGCUACUGCUGAGGUGCCCGUCCUGGUUGUUGAUGAAAGCGAGGUAUGUCCAUGGUACGACCCAAAUGUGGACACGUUCGAAUGCCCUUACAAUCCCAACCAUCCCAAACCGGUAUUGCGAGAUACGUCGAAAAUAACAUACAUGGGCGUUGGUUUUGGAAGGAACGGGCUUGCAGACGGACAGCCAAGCGCAUCUCCUCGUGCAAAUCCAUUCUUGAAUAUUAUAGCGAUCAAUGGUAAAGCACCUCCUCCCAGUAGUUUCGGCCUCGGCUAUACCAUAUCCACGCAAGGGGUCACUCUGGGCCUGACCAGGGAAAAUACCGAAGGGUUCUCGUUCAUGCCCCUGAAACGUGGGAAAACGCACCAUGAAGAUCCGCGAGACUGGGCCAUGGUUGAAAUGUGCUUCAGUGUCGCCGGCCAGGGCAACAACUGUGGCACUGCCCUCAUAGACACUGGCAUCGAGCACAUGUACCUCCGGACCGACGUAGGAGUGGAGACGCCAAACAUAACCAUCCGGAACCCGAAGAAAGACGGUUUCGCUAAGUGGGUGAGGAGGGUUUCACUCGGUACGCCGAUCACUGUUGGAUUCCCAUCCUUGGAUGACUCCGCGCCCGCACGGUACUCCUUUACCGUUGGUCAACAAUCCCCUUUGGCGCCCAGCCACGUAAUUCCCGAAAUUCAAAGGGCUCCUCCGUACAUCAACACGGGACGAAACUUUCUCUUCGGAUACUCAAUCGCCUUCGAUGCAUUCCUUGGGCGAUUCGGAUUUCGGCCUGUUACCGGAGGCAGCUCCUCAAAACGCUUUAAGGCGGAGAUGCAUCCGCGGUCUGUCAUUUGA